UCUUUCUCUUCUACUCAUGAAUUUAACACUUCUUUAUUUCUUUUUCUUUAUUUGUUUACUUUCCCUUCACUUCAUUCCUUUCUUCUCCACAUGAGAAGAGGAGCCAAGCUACUAGUGUAUGCCAAUGGAGAGUCCAGAUUUUUCACCUUCCCACGUGGACGCAUCACGUCCGUCUCUUGGUUUCCCUCUCGGUACUGCCUUACUCUUGAUCAUCAUCUUCACCUUGAGCGGUAUUUUCUCUUGCUGUUACCAUUGGGAGAAGCUCAGAUCACUCCGUCGAUCUUUCUCCGAUCAACCUGAUCCUGAGGUUGACAUCGAGGCUCCACUUUCUAAACCUAAGCCUGACAACACAGAUUUCAAGCAAAAUCAAAGCCAGAGCUUGCCGGUGCUAAUGCCUGGAGAUCAGAUUCCGAAAUUUAUAGCAUUACCAUGCCCAUGUGAGCCGCCGCGAGCGGAGAAAGUGGUGGUGAAAGAGCAAAAGCUGCCGAAACCGCUGCGAUUUCCGGUGCCUCUGUAUUAGCAAUGGAAAAAAGAUCUUACCAUUUGAUGUAUAUAAAGGGGAAUUAAUUCAGUUUUCUUCAAAAUUUACAAUCUUUUAGCUUAUUUUCACCAUUUGAGAAAAAAAAAAUCGCAAAAAAAAAAAAAUAUAUCGAUUAGGUUUAGCUGAUUGUUACGCUUACCCCCAUUAGUGUAGGUCAAUUAUUUUUACUCCCAUCUGUAAUUAUUUUCUCGUUUCGAGAAGAUUAAAUUUAUAUGAAUUUUGUUUGGAAUUUGGAGACUUGGAAAGUGAUUUUUGUGCAGACACAGAGUUGCAGAAAUGAAAUCUGAAGAUCCUCUGUUUUACUUUCA